GCUUGGUAUGGCUCUGCUAUACCAAGCAGUGUGCUUACAGUGGAACACAGACAACCCACGUAGUAAAACAGCACAGUUAACCCUUUGAUCACCCCACUUUAACCCCCUUCCUGCCCAUUACCAUUAGUACAGUGUCAGGGGCGGACUGACAACUCAUGGGGCCCCGGGGCAAUAGGGGAUCAUGUGGCCCCUGUGUCCUCACCCACACUCAAACCACACCCAAAAAAGCUUAUGAAAGGUACCAGGGACAUCUCACGGGGCCCCCUACUGACCCCAGGCCCUCUGGCAGUGCCUGAGUUCCCAAAUGGUCAGUCCGCACCUGG